AUGGUGAAUAUCCGGCGAUUCUGGCUCUCUUCCAGCCUGACCCUGGCCCUUCUCGCUCAACAAGGCUUGUCUAUGGUUUUUGAAGAUACAGACGCUCCUGAUGCCGUCAACCCCCUUCUCGCAAGUCGAGAUCAAUCGAACGAAGAUGCUGCUUUUUCGGUUUUUGAUCGAUUGAGCAAAGACUCCUACUAUUGGAGCGGUUCCCAGAAUGGCCACAAGACGCUGGCGAACCUCACAGUCGAUGUCGGCGAGGACGAAGCAAACAUCGUUUCCAUGGAAAAGUUCCGACACCUGUUGACAUCCGUUAACUGCACCGGUGAUGGCAUAGUCCUGGAGUUGGAAGACACUCGUGCGUUUGGAUACACCCAGCGUGGAUGGCAGUGGGUCAAUGAUGACGAUGACCGUAAAUUGAUCCUUGUGAUGGGCAGUAAGCACUGUGGCUGGAACCCUCACAGGUUGCCAUUCGUCGUCUCAUCAAUCACGUUCGACAAGCCAUCACUAAAGGCAAAAUUGAGCGGCGUGGCAUCGGAAUGGAAACAAAUCUUCCGUAAUUACGAGGUCACAGUGGGCAAUGUUCCAGAAUCAUCCACAGCCAGGCGAGGCUGGGACGACUACGACGAUGAAACUUCCCUAAGCUUUAACCAUAACAUACCCCUCAGCAAGUCGAUCCCUAUUCCCGGCAAGGAUGUCUCCGUGGACAUUUCAUGUGAAGGGUGUGAAACAAAAGGAUCGUUCGAUUUUGGUGUCCACAUCAAGACAAACGCUGGCAUCCCCGAGUCCGCCUCAUUAACACUCUCGCCUAAUGACGUCUCUGCAACCUUCACACCCCGCCUAGGACUGAGUGGGAACAUGACCGGUGACAUCUCCAACGAGCACGAGCUCAUAAAGAUCCCUGUCGAUGGUAUCUCAAUUCCAGGGGGUGUUCUUGACCUUGGCCCGGAAAUUGUCUUUAGUUUUGGAUAUCAAAUUGGUCCUAUCAAAGGUUCCGCGGGCAUAUCAGCCGGAGUGACUAUCAGUCUAGAGAACUCUGCAGAGCUCGAAAUUGAUUUUCUGUCUCCAGACGUAUCCGCUGGCGGGUGGACUCCUCAAGUUGACACCAAGCCGGUGACGAUCGAUGCUAAGAUCGAGGCUGGGGCUGAGGUUUACGCCAAAGCUGAAAUUCAAUUUGCGGCAUCAGUCUUUGACCUGGGUUAUGAAGCCGGUGUCAACCUGAGGCCCUAUCUCGGAGCCAAUGUAGCAGUGUCUACUGACAAGGGUUUGGGAGUCGAUGUCAAUCUCGGAUCCGAUAUUGGAGCUCAUGUCUCGGCUGGUGGCUCCAAAGCUUGCAUCACCCCGAAGGCUGGAGUCAGCCUUAACGUGGAUAUUGCGCAAGCUGAUACACCUGACGACCCCAUGGUGGAGCACACUAUUGCGGAACUCAAAGCACCGAUGUCACCGUCUUGUGUCAAUUUCGGUCCGAAAGACUUCUACUUCCUCUGCCAAACACACAUCGACUCCUUUAACUACAUCAAGCACUUCGUCAAAGCCUACCACCACCACAUCUUCCACAUCUUCCACAUCGAGAUCGGAGUCGUCGUCUUCUAG